GUCGGCGAGGGGCCCAAGCGAUCCGAUCGCCGCGCGCCGCCGCCUCCUCCGGUUGUGGGAUCAUCGGUGCACUAAGGUCGGAGCCAGCACGUAGCUGAUUGAGAAGAGGGGAAUACCAGCAAUGUUCUCCUUGUUCUACGGCCUGUGGAACCAUGUAUUUAGCAAGACAGAGUUCCGUGUACUCAUCCUUGGAGUCCAUAAGGCUGGGAAGACGACCUUGCUAGAAAAGUUGAAGUCAAUCUAUUUGAAAGGAGAAGGGCUUCCACAUGACCGUGUCGUUCCAACUGUGGGGCUUAAUAUUGGACGGAUUGAAGAUGCAAAUGUGAAACUUGUUUUCUGGGAUCUGGGAGGCCAGCCUGGCCUGAGAACAAUAUGGGAGAAAUAUUAUGAUGAGGCACAUGCUAUAGUGUAUGUUAUCGAUUCUGCUUCCGCAUCAACAUUUGAAGAUGCCAAAUCUGCUCUUGAGAAAACGCUUCGACAUGAGGAUCUGCAAGAGGCCCCACUACUCAUAUUCGCAAACAAACAGGAUUUACCAGCAGCAGUCACAGAAGAAGAGUUGGACAGACAUCUUCACCUUAAAGAGUUUGAUGAGAGGCCAUACAUGUUUGUGGCUGGGUCUGCCUAUGAUGGGACGGGCAUCAAACUUGGUAUCGACUGGUUGGUAGAAACAAUGGGAAAGAGUAGGCGCACCGAAGCUCUGAAGGCACGCACUGAUACGUAUGCAAAGAUUUAGCAUCAUGACCCAGGACUCUGCCAACUCAGAAAGCAUUUCAUGACGAUGGCUGAUGUCAUUGAUCUCGUCAAUACACACUUUGGCACAAUGUUCAUGAUGAACCAUCCUCAUCAGCACUCUGGUCCAUAUAGCCCCAGAACAAAAAGCCUUACAUGUUUGCACCUGUGCUUGUAGUAGUUCUGUUGUAGCGAUGGCCGAAGCAGCCGUUUGUUGGCUUAUUGAUCCUGAUAGCAAUACAAAUGUAUCCAAGGAUCUACAGUUGUUACUCGUUAGGGACUUAGGUUUCGUGUUCAUAUGAGUUCGAUUACAUGUGACAAUGUGGAGCACGUAGCAGCUUUGUAAAUCCAGCGAAAUCUUCAAUAAAGAGUGGAAGCUUCCAAAAAUGAUAAUUUCAUUA